AGCCGGCAACAGAGAAUGGGUGAUAUCGGCUUUUAUCGCUUGAACACCUGUGCUCCCAUCCGUCUUCCUGUGUGGCUCACUCGCGUCUGCCACCUCCAAUUGACGUGUUGCCCGGAGCCUGGAGGAGAAUCGGCGAUUACGUGCUGCUUUGCCUUUGAAGGUCCACCUGAACCUUGGACCGAUGCUGAUGAUGUGUUGAUUGCUGUAUUGCUCUGGAUUCAGGGCUUGUUUUUCGCGCCACAGGUCGUGCUUAUAAGCUUCAAGAGCCGCCAUGAGCCUCAGAAAUACUCUACAGACCAACGCAUUCAAGAAAUCAUGGCAACCACGGCGCGUGCAGGAAAUGGAGGGGAUGGUGCUGCGUAUGAGUUGGCGAUUGGGCAAGGGGAGUAUGGGAUUGGUGUUCCGCGCAGGGAGAUGGUCACGGAGCAUAAGAAUCACUUGAACACCAUUCUUCAGCGCCUCUUUCGCGACAUUCCACCACUUGAAUACAAGUGCGGUCAAUCUCGACAUCGCCAGAACCCCUGGCAGUGUACUGUCCAUCUGGACGGUGUACAUAUUGGCACCGGCUGGGGUAUCAGUAAGCAAUAUGCAUCUGAAGGCGCAGCGAAGAGUGUUGCUGAUUAUCUAUAUCGCAAAUACCUUGCAAAGUGCCCCCAGGCCUUCCGCUAG